AUGACGAGAACCGUCGAGGAAAUUAAAUUUGAAGCCCCUGCGUGGGAGCACAAACCGGUUCAAAUUGCAGACGAUGACAGGAGACUGAGUUCUUCUGUCAAUGAUGAAGCUGCGCGUCCGAAAGGCCGUAUACGGCGGUCAAUGACGGCCUGCAAUACUUGUCGCAAGCUAAAAACUCGGUGCGACCUAGACCCUCGCGGCCAUGCAUGCCGCCGGUGUCUAUCAUUGAGAAUCGAGUGCCAGCUACCCGAGACCAGCGAACGCUCCCAAGAUAAUGCGUCGAUGUGGUCGGAUGCGACGACCGCUAUUCCUUCAAUUGAAGAGCGUCUCAGUUCGCUCGAGCGGAGCAUGCGCGAAAUGACGGGCAUGCUGCGCCAAAUCAUAAACCAACCGCCCAGCAUCUCAAGCAUGUCCGCGCCCCAAUUGACUCAAAGCACCAACACGGAGGAAACGGCCUCCAUCGAAAGCAGCCAGUUCUCCCCGUUUCUGCCCAAACCUAUUCGUUUGAUCCAAGAGCUCCAAUCCGAGUUUUUCGGCGAACCGAAUUGCAUCACCCCUAGCUCACCAUUCUGUGGGAGCAAUAUGGAGAAAGGCAUCAUAGACUCCAAAUUAUCACUCAAAUUAAUGCAAUUAUUUGUGGAGCAUUUCGGACCCUGGGUUUCGAUCAAUAGUUUGUCGGAUAUUCAGGACGAGAUGCGAGGAACCGAUUCGCUACUAUACAACACAGCCUGUCUACUGGCGUCGCGAUAUGUCCCGGGCAUACCAGCACAGGUGACUCGUGCCAUGUAUCUCCAAGUCCGACAUGAAGCGGUCAAUACGCUCUGGGAUAAGCCUCCUCUGCAGUACGAAUCGCUUCAAGCUCUUGCCCUUCUUUGUCUAUGGCCCGCGGCCGUUCAAAGAGAGGCACCCAUUGAUAGCUGGCUAUUGAGUGGGAAUUCCAUCAACCAUUCGCUUGUAACUUUUGAAUUCCUCAACUAUACCUCUUCCGAGCUCAUCGUGGACAAUAAAACGGCCACGCAAUUGCGGCUGUGGAAUAUCUUCUGCCUGACGCAGCUACGAUUCGCGGUCGGAAAUGCACGUCCGUUACAUAUACAACAGCGAUAUCUGGAUCACUGCCCUCGGCUGCUAGAGCACACGAGCGCGACAUUCGAAGACGGAAAAGUCGUGGCGGAGAUUCAGCUCUAUCUGAUUACGUUGAAGCUGCAGGGCAGCAACCCACGCAUGCGACUUUCCGACGUCGAAUAUGAGGAGAUCGAGCGUUGGAAAAUGGAAUGGGCUCAUCUAUUCACCGGCGAAGAGAGUUCGACAUUCGAACUAAGCUUGUGGUACUGCCAAAUCCUGCUCCACAGAACCGCCAUGCGAUUCCAGUCCGAGUCCGACCGACUCACAGCCGAAGUCAUCCAAGAUUCACGACUCAUCAUCUCGAAGUUCUUGCAACUGCGCCUCUCCCCUGCCCUCAGCGUCGUCGAUCAGACGUAUAUCAUCGUCGGCUACGCCGCGCUCAACCUCUGCGACUUCAACUUCCUCGAUCCCCUCAUCGACCAGAUCCAGAUGUACCUGCUCCACCUGGCCCCCAACGAAGACCACAUUGCGUACCGCUUCUCCUGCAUGAUCGCCGAGUUCAAGCGCCGCUGCGCUGAGUGCACCGACCCCUGCUCCGGUGCCUUGGAUGGCUCGCAAUCUUCCUUCGGAGAUGCUCGGAAGUUGAGCAUGGAGCACAUCCAGUUCAUGCCACCCCCGCCGCCCCCUGGGGCCCUGGUUGAUGGCAUGAUGGACGGAUAUGGUAGCUUGGGCCAGUUGAUCCCCGAAAUCAUGCCGCAGUCCUUCCCCGAUAGCGUUCUUAGUGGGAUGACGAUGGCAGAGGCGAUUCCGGCUGGAUAUCGCUCGGCGACUCUUUAG